CAAACUUCCAACUACACGCGGGUAUUUAAAACACUUGCUACAGGGCAGCCGACUCUAAGUCGCAAAAAUCUAUUGUCCGUUAACUACGGUGUGCGCGCCUAGCGCCUCAAUGCUCGGCACCUCUGCACAAGCACAUCCUUCGUAGCCAUGUCAGAUGUCACCGCGGUGUACCAUAACUGACUUGUGGUCACGCCAGGCAGGCCGCGGAAUUUCUCUCCCAGAUUUGCAUAGUAUGCUGACACACUUCUACCUUGGCAUUAUUUUCCAUGUGACAACCUUUCUGUUGCUGGUCCACCAGUGCGUUCAGUUGUGUAAUGCGAAUUACAUUGCAGUGAGCGAGUCAUGCCCCUCUCAUGCAUCGCAUUUAUGCGUUGGAUCGUAUAUCAAGAAUGGAGCUGCUCCAAGCUGUCAACACACAAGUUCUUCAUUCACUCAACCGUUUCCCUGUUCACGUCCGCAGUCAUGUACGGAAGCAACCCAUUCACAGCGCAAGAUGCAUGGAACGCAGGAAACGGUCAGUCGACCUGGGAUUCCAGCGUCCCCCCGCCGUCCAUCUUCGGCGCCCUCCCCUACCCCUCUGCACCCUCAACACUUCCGGGCGCGAUCACACUCAAGUUCACGUCGCUGAGCCCUACGAUCUUGAACUGCAUGGUGGUCGGACCGCGCAACGAGACGUAUUUCCGUGUCGUGACGAACGGGGGCCACACCAUGCUGAAGGAUGCACAAGGCUCGAAUAUCGCGCUGUUGGAGUGGCGGGACCACCCCACAGUCGAGGUGCGUUCUCUGGUCGCAAAACAGCCCAUGGGCCACUGGCUUAGACUCUCGACGGACAGGAGUCACCGAUUCAUGGUCCACAACGGCGUUGGCUACUCCUGGAGACCACAUGACAGAUUUCUGCAGCUAUCUAUUCCGGGCUCGUAUGACGUACUCGCCCGAGUAUCGAAGACACACGAUGUUGUGACACUUGAAUUGACGCCCCAUGCGGUACAGCUUGGGCUCUUGGAGCUUGGCGUGCUGGCUACAAUUCUGUUGCAGUGCGGGAAGAACAUAGACUGAAACGGUGUUUUGGACUGCAUGGCACAUGGACAAACAGUAGAUGUCGUAUACUAGAUGGCUGGUAUUUAUUAUCUAGAACAUCCAUAAAUUAAUGUUUAUUCCUAUUAAA